UCCUCCUCUUUCUCUGGAGGCAUCAAGAACAAUGGGGGUUUUCAAUCCAAGAAUCCAAUUGACUAUUCUUCUUCUCCUCCUCUCAUCUCCGUCUUCCCUAUCUCUCAAUCUACCCACAAACCCCAAUACAACAGUAUACGAAAUCCUCACUAAAUUCAACCUUCCUUCAGGGCUUUUACCAACCUCUGUAAAAUCUUACUCUCUUUCCGAUGAUGGAACAUUUGAAGUUUUACUGGAGAAGCCUUGUUAUGUGGAGUUUGAAUAUUUGGUUUAUUACGCUGAUAAGGUUACUGGGAAGCUGAGUCUUGGGUCGAUUACUGAUUUAGAAGGAAUUGAAGUUAAGAGAUUCUUGUUGUGGUUAAAUGUGAAUGAGAUCCGAGUGGAUUUGCCAUCGUCUGGGAGUAUUUACUUUCAAGUUGGGUUCAUUAACAAGAAGCUUGAUAUCAAACAGUUUGAAACUCUUCAUUCUUGCCGGGACAAUGGUUUGGCCUUGUGUGGAGGACCAUCUCUGAGACAGCUAAUGUUAACUAAAGAUAAAAAUGAUGGUAGCCUUCUCAGAGAAUUACUCUCUAUCUGGUUGGAUGAAGCCAUUACUCAACAACAUAUUAUCAAGGAUUUGAUAUUUCAAGCUGACUGGUCUCUCAUUUUUACAGCUUUCGGCUCCUGUCAAUAAUAUGGAAAUGUUUGUUACAGAGUAGCCUGGGAUCUAAUAUGCAUAUCAAGCCAAAAGUUGGAGCAGAUGGAGAUAUCAUCUACUUCAUCUAUUCACGUCUUUUGAAGCCGAGAAUGUACUAGAUGUAUAAUCAAGAAAAUUAAGAUUCCACUAAUAUAUCAUGUAUAACGAGCUUAUCUUUGAUGUAUGGUUCUCUUCCUCCCCCACCUCCUGCCCUGUUCCACCAAUUUCCGCAAAAAGAUUAGAGAAAAAAUAAAGAAAGAAAUGGAU